CCACACAGGCACAAAGGAGAAGUAGGAACUCUGACGGAGCAUGAUGCGAGCUGAGCACAACUCCUGAGGCUUUGAGAUGAGGAGAGACAAGUAGAGACAGAGAGAGAGAGAGAGAGAGAGAGAGAGAAGUAGAUGCUGAGUGACUCAGCUAGUCAGAAAGAGAAAGAAAGGGGGGGUGGGGGGGCAGGAAACAGACCCUGAGGACAAACAGUUGAGACACACUCACAUUGUGACACACAGGCAGAGAGCAGGAGCUCAACUCCCAACUUCAGCUCUGCUCCUGGGAAGAAACCUUGUGGUGUGUGGUCAGGACCUUGUGAGAGGUGGAAAGCUGAAGAGAACUUUGCCGCUGUGGUGCUCAAAGGGACAAAAAUACAGGAUUAAAUUUUGACAAAGAGGAGGGAUUAUGCCAUGAGGACAUUCUCUAACAGACCUGCAUGUGGAUAUACCAUCAAUCCCUUUGUGGACACAGGAGCUUGUGGUGGUCAGAGACUUCCUGAGUGAAAAGGAGACACAUUUGUGGACACGUUGACUGAUUUAUCUGAAAUGUACAACACUACCUUCCCGACUACUACUCUAACCACAUCACUGUUUGGGAACAACAGCUCAAACUGCACCAAGAACGAUGAAUUCAAAUACCCUUUGUACAGCACCGUCUUCAGCAUUGUGUUUGUGGUGGGGCUGAUCACCAAUGUUGUGGCCAUCUACAUAUUCACCUGCUCUCUGAAGCUGAGGAAUGAAACCACAACCUACAUGAUGAACUUGGUCGUGUCAGACCUGCUGUUUGUCUGCACGCUGCCCCUGAGGGUUUUCUACUUCAUCAACCGGAACUGGCCUUUUGGAGGCACGCUGUGCAAGGUCUCUGUCUCAUUGUUCUACACCAACAUGUACGGCAGUAUGCUCUUCCUCACCUGCAUCAGCGUGGAUCGAUUUUUAGCCAUUGUGUACCCUUUUCGCUCAAGGACGCUGAGGACCAAACGCAAUGCUAGAAUAGUGUGCGCUGCUGUAUGGGUGCUGGUGCUGUCAGGGAGUCUCCCCACAGGGUUCAUGUUGGACACCACCUCAAAGCAGAAUAGCAAGAUGAAUGCUACUUUCUGCUUUGAGAACUUCUCCUCGAAGCAGUGGAAAGCUCACCUGUCCAAGGUGGUGAUAUUCAUAGAAACAGUGGGCUUCAUCAUCCCACUGCUACUCAACGUUUGUUGCUCCAUAAUGGUGCUGCAGACCCUGCGUCGUCCUCAAACCACCAGUCAUGGGGGGAAGCUGAACAAAACAAAGAUCCUGCGCAUGAUAAUUGUGCACCUCUUUAUUUUUUGUUUUUGCUUUAUCCCCUACAACGUAAACUUGGUCUUCUACGCUCUGGUCCGUACCAAAACUUUAGAAGGCUGCUUGGUUGAGUCUGUGGUGCGAACAAUAUACCCAGUAGCCCUGUGCAUUGCUGUAUCCAACUGCUGCUUUGAUCCCAUUGUUUACUACUUCACUUCGGAGACUAUCCAGAACUCCAUCAAGAGAAAGUCUCAGGUCAGCCGUACCUAUGAUGUCAAGUUUUCCGAGGCCCUGCAGUCAGAAUCCAGCUCCAACCUGCAGUGCAGCCUGAGGAAUCUAAAAGCUAAAGUCUUCCACAAUGAGUCUUCAGUGUGAUAGGUGAGGGUUGUUACAGAAUCCACCUUUCCAUAGAAAAACAAACUUCCAUGACACCAUGGGAAUGGAUUUUUUUUUUUUUUUUUUUUUUUUGAGUGCUUGAUGAAGCACCUGCCAAAGAAGUAUUAUCUGAUCCCAGUUUUCAUCUCAGGGCAAAUGUCUGGACCUGUCAUUGACAAACUCUGCUCUGCAGUAUUACUGCUACGUGACUCAUUGUUCGCAUCUGUGGAUUUAUUAUUUUAUUUAUUACUACUUAUUAAUUUCCCUUUCCUGUGGAAAUUGUGUUAAGCGCAAUUACUCUGCCAGUGACCUGGAAGGGAAUGUGUGUCACUGAAACAGCAGGACAGUUAUGAUAUUGAAUGCUACAUGUGCGUGUAUAUCUGUAUAUUUUCAUGGCAAGUUGUGGUGCUAACUUUAGAUUAGUAUCUAUUAAAUUAACAUAAAGUUAUAUCAAGCUAUAAAUUGUACAGGCCUAUGUUUGUUUGUUUUUUUAAUUGUGAAUUACAAAUAGGUCACAGAAGUGCCUUUUUUGUUCUGGUGGCAUUUCAUUAUAAACUGUAUGUGUUAAUUGCCAUUAAAUGCACUGACAUGGAAUCCCAGAUACUGCACUCAUGCCACAGUAAUGAAUAAAAGUCAUGUACUGUCUAAAACAAAUGAAAGCUUUUGUCUUUGAACUGAAGAAAAUGCUCUUUUGACACUGCAGUGUAAUUCAUUUUAAACAAUUAUGAAUCAAAGCUCAAAAUAUUGGUACAGUACCUGGUUAUUUACAGCAUUAAACUAAAUGAGACUGCUUGCCCAA